AAUAAAGUUUAUGUAUUUUUCUGGUCGUCUUAUUAAAACUACUACAACAACCAAAAAAAACCUAUCUUUUCUCUCUGUAUUUCAUAGUUAGAAACCUAGUCAUGAGCGAUCCGAUUCGAGUCCGAAAGGACGAUCCUUUCCUUCUUCAAUAUCCGCCAUCUGAUCUUCGAAUUGCAUCGGAGUUUCUCACCACAUGGCUCCCUUUCCUCUCCAGAGAUCUCUGUCAGCACUGCUCUCAAAUUCUCGCCAAUCGCAUCCGCUCCCUCGACAAUGAAUUUGAUGCUGAUAAAAGUUUAAUGCCUGUCACUCCGAAUAAUGUUGAUUCACAUGGGUAUUGUUGUGAUGAUAAUUGUGAUAAUAAUUCAACUGCAAGUUAUAAAGAUGGUGAUGGAGAUGGUGAGGGCGAAGCGGACGAUACAAAUUCAUUGGGUAGUUGGAAAGAUGGAGCUAACGGGUGGUCUGAGUCUGUUUCGGAACCUUCUACAAGUGGAAUACUUGGUGCAGCCCCUUCAGUUCAAAGUCCUAACCAACGAGUGUCUUGGGCGGACAUGGCUCAGGAAGAUGAACUUGAGGAGGAAGAGGAUGGAGAGGAGGAACAGCGAGGGUUGAAUAAGAAUGCGGUAAAUCUAAAUGCUUCAUCUGGGGAUAUGAAAAUGUCGAAAGUCGAGAAGCCCAAGUUGUCGAGAGAACAAAGAGAGGCAAUAAGGUUUAAGAGUGUGAAGCGUAAGAAGGAUUUUAUUUGCUUGGAGAGGGUUAAAGGGAAGUUUGUUAAUGUCCUCGAGGGACUUGAACUUCACACGGGUGUUUUCAGUGCCGUGGAGCAGAAUAGGAUAGUGAAUUAUGUUUAUGAACUUGAGGAGAAGGGGAAAAGAGGCGAACUUAAAGAAAGAACGUUUACAGCCCCGCAAAAGUGGAUGAGAGGCAAAGGACGUGUAACUAUUCAGUUUGGCUGUUGUUACAACUAUGCAACAGAUAAAAUUGGUAACCCUCCCGGCAUUCUCCAGAAUGAAACUGUAGAUCCUAUUCCCGACCUUUUCAAAGUGAUUAUUAGACGGCUGGUCAAAUGGCACGUUCUCCCUCCAACCUGUGUACCGGAUAGUUGCAUUGUUAAUAUAUACGACGAAGGAGACUGCAUACCUCCUCAUAUUGACAAUCAUGAUUUUCUUAGACCUUUCUGCACAGUUUCCUUUGUUAGUGAGUGCAAUAUACUAUUUGGUACUAACUUGAAGAUUUUGGGUGCCGGUGAGUUUGACGGAUCAAUUGCAGUCCCCUUGCCUGUUGGAUCUGUACUUGUCAUAAAUGGGAAUGCAGCUGACGUGUCUAAGCACUGUGUGCCAUCAGUUCCUAUGAAGAGGAUAUCCAUUACAUUUAGAAAAAUGGACGAAACAAAACGGCCUAAUAACUUUGUUCCAGAACCUGAUUUACAAGGGAUUGAACCAUUACCAUAUGAAUCAGACAAAACAAAGAGGUUAAAUUCUCCCAAGUCAGACCCUCAAAGAAGAAGGCAGUCGAUUGAACGGGAGGGCGUGGAAGCAAGAGGAUUGAGAGAGAAUGGUUCCCAAUCAGAACGUCGCUACUCGAGUUGGAAUAAAAGAGGAUCCGCCAAUAAGCAGAGAAUAAGGUGAUGAAUGAGAUCAAAUGGUUGUGGUUUACAUUGUUUUUGGCUUGCUGGUCUGUUUAUUCCAGCUUCUGAAAGAGCUGAAAAGAAAUGGCAUGUGAGCAUACAUAUUAUUCCAACAUUCAAGUGUAUCAUAUUUUAGUUUGAUUCUUCUUGCUUGAGUAAUUUCUACUACUGGUUUAUGCCUACAACAGAGAGCUAUAAGCGUUUGUUAUUAGUUACUAUUAACAGCUUGCUUGGUUGGGGUAACUAUAUCAGGAAAGCAAUUUUUUGUUAUUUUGGUCUGGUCUGGUUUGUUUUGUGUAUUCUAUUCUUUUGGAAAGUUGAGACUAAAGAAAUAACUUUUUAGAUUGUUCUAGGUAAGUUUUACCUAUGUUAAAUGAAUAGUUAAAAUUACUAAUGUACUUA